AGGAUUCGUACCCAAGAUACCUAAAAUCUGAUAUGUACAAGAGUCUUCUGGGUCAAGCAUUUAUUCCUCCGGAGACCAAGAAAGGGUUCGUAAAAUUCCAUCUUAAAUAUUAUCUGUCAGUAGAACAUGGCCUAUUUAAAAGGAAUAACGAAUUAAUGUGAGUUCAUGUUUUUGUGUUUUUAAAGUCGCAUAUGAUGACUCGUAUGUCCUUGAUCAAGGACACAUGCCUUGGCCUGCUGAGAUAAAUCUUAUUUAAAAUGAUACAUUUGCCUUGUGAUAAUUCGCAUAGGGUUAUUUGCAACAAAUUAUUAUUUUUGAUGAAAUACUAAUGAAUCUCUUCACUAAAUCAGAAAUUGUGCAGAAGGUAAUUGCAAAUUAUACAUCAAAACAGCAAUCUGCAAAAAUAGCUCAGAUCAUUUUUACAGUAUAGCUAUCAUGACUUAAUAUUAUUAAUUCUGUUUCUCCACGGAUUUCGAUUCCGUCAAUUACUAAAGAUAGGCAAUGAUAAACAAUAAAUGGUUUUACUAUGAGAUGGUUCACAGACAGUUCAUUUUUUUUCGGUUAGGGCAAUCAUAGGUACAUUUGGCUCUGCGGGGGGUUUAAGAUGAAGGAGAUAAAUAAGAACAAAGUCCAAAGAUGAUAGCAGUAGAAACAGAAACCUAAAUAAAUAAAUAAACAUUGUAAAGGGUUACACUAAUGGAAUAAAUAUAUAAAAUAAUGAUAAAAAGCAAAGCAGGACUCUUCCAGGGGCUUAUUUUCUAAAUGAGAAUUAACAGGAAUGUCAAGUGAUUUCAAAGUGAAUUUCACCAAUUUAAAGUCCAAAAUAGCAGAGACUGAAAAAUUAUCAAUCAACAAAGCUUCCAGUUCACCAAUUCUAGUCGAAAAUGUUAAAUUCUGUUUGAAUUCUUGGUAGUUAUGACGUUAGUGAAUAGCCCUGUUUGUGUAAAUGAAAAUAUGGGUAUUAUUGUGAUAAGUAUGUGAGUAGAAAACUGAAGUAUGCAAAUAAAGUGGUCAAUUUGAUUCUGGGGGGGGGGAAUUCGUGCUUUGACAUUUUCUUUGAGUUUAGAUUUUGAAAGACUUAUUUAGUUCUAUAAAUGUUGCACUCCAGAUAUUAGAAAACUAGUUCGCCUUUAGCUGGAUAGUCUUUAACAGUGUUUUGGUUAAAGCGGCUUAUUGGUGUUCCGUGGGCAACAGGAAACUAGAUUAUUGUUAGUUUGGUAGUCUCAGAUUGCUAUUGGCUAGAGGGUCUUCAUGUUGCCGAAUGGCCAAUGGCUGGAUUGAGUCAGAUUCCCAAUGAGUAGAGUUACAUAUAGGUGCUCGAGAGCCAGUAGGAAAAUGUCCAGCAGCUGGAGUGAUAUCAUAGAGCCUCACAGCCAAUAGAGAUACAAUUAGAUUACCGUUGGUUAAAUAGUUGUAGAUUGCUUUUGGCUGGAAUUACAUCAUGGUGCCUCACAGCCAAUAAGAAUCUUUAAUACUGUUGACUGUUAGAACAUUGGUCCUUUUUUUGUUGUUGCUGUUAGAAUAACGUUUUCUUGUCAUGCUCUAGGGAGCAGUGGUUUGUGUAAAAGCAAUAGACAGUCAAAAUACAUAUUUUUGUUACUAAUGCUUUCCAGUGACUGACUGUAGGCUGUUACUGAAUAUUUUUCUAUUGCACAAUCUUGUUCACAUUGUCACCUGCAGCGUUUUCCCGUUCAUGAGAAGGCAGCGUCAUUCAAGUCCCAGCCCGGCAUUCAUGUUACCGCAGGGAGAAGACACAAGGACAGAUAUAGAGGGAAGAGCCAUGUCCCCCGCCGCCACAUCCCAGGUGCCGUGAAAAACGAUGUCACAUUAAGGGUGAUUUAUUACAGUAUCCCGGUCACUUUAAGAAAUUCUGUUCUUUCUUAAUUUUUUCUUUUGUAUAUUGUAUAAAAAGUUAUAUCUAAGCUUCAGGCAUUUGCGCCUGUCAUGAAAAUUCUGCUACUGUUACAGUGGCGGUACAGCAAUACACCGCACCACAUCCUGACAGCUCCAAACUUCUAAAACCGUACCAGACCAGAAAAUGAUGAGACAGAAUAAAAUGCCUCUAUAGGCAUAGAGAAGAAUUAUAUAUUGCAGACAUUCCAGUUUAGAUUUUUUUUUUAAUAAAAAUAAUGAAAUCUUGAGAGCUUGUCCCAAACCACAGGUUAAAAUUAAAAAAGUAUUUUUGAUCACUAAAAAAUUAUGCAUUUUUGUUCAAAUCAUUUAUUAUAGGUCAUUAAUCGUAUCAUAUCUGUCUCUCAAAAGGAAGCUAAUCCCAGCGCUUCAUUAUUGCAAUUUUUAUUUAUCUUUUUGUUUUGUCCUCAUUUAUUCUCCUGGGACUAGUUUUGGCAGAAAUACAAUAUCCAUUAUUCCAGCAAAAAGCAUCAUUGCAAAUUAAAAAAAAAAAAAAGAUUCUGAAAAUGCUGGCAAAAUGCAUAAGUUGGCUCCAAUCCGUGUCCCCAUUGCAUCAGCUGUUUCUCAUGUUUGUUAGGAAACAAAAAUGUCAAUUUUAUAAAUACCAGAUUAUAAUUAUUAAUUAAUAUGCCACCCACUAAAACUAAACGAUAUUAAAGGAAAAUCCUCUGUCUUUGGGUUCAGAAAAUAACUUUUAUGUGUUUCUGGUUUUUAGAGAUAACGGUGUUUGUGCUAUAAUAACAGUAAUUCUUUUAACUGUUGAAAUAUCUUGUAAUUAGUUAUGGUAGUAUCACAGUUGUUUGCCUUUUUUGUUUGGAUUUUUAAACAACCUAAAUUAACAAAGGAAAUAUAUAAAAGCACAUGUUUUUAGCUUCCAUUGAAUAAAGAAAAUGCUAAAUUAACCAAGGAUACAUUAUUAUUUAAAAAUUUAACAAAUCCCAUUCCUGCUAGCUCUGUGUUUCACAGGGCGGGUUUGUUUGCUUUGCUGGAAGGGAGGGAAUUAUAGGAGAUAUUUGCAGGUUGCAAUAGUAUCCUGCAAUGCCCUAAGUAGUUACAUGGCCAGCCAGCCCUACCUGCUGUGGGUAUAAUGCCUACAUAUAGACAUUUUGUAGAUUCUGCCAUGAGUCUGCCAUCCUUACCAAUACACGAACAUAUGUUUUGUCACACAGGCUGUGUGUGACAAAAUGUAAUUUCUUCUUGUUAAUAUUUCAGAUGCUGGCUGAAAUAUUGCGAGAUAAUGGAUACUGUAUAAUCUGUGAAGCAUUAUAUGGCGAAGCUUGUAGUAACAUUCUUGAAAAGAAUGGUAAAAGUAUGGCUGAUGACUUUUUAAAACAAUAGAUAUGUAAGUUAUGGGUAAAAAAAAUAUUGAGUUAAAUUAUAAGUGAAAAAAAUAUUGUGUUUUAGUUUUGUCAUGAUCUGUCCUUCUGUGUGUUUCAUUUGUACAGUUUUGCUUCUCAAACAACCCCUUGGCUCUGUUGCCUGAAAAUUCAUUACCCGUUUGCCCUGAAGAGCGUCACUUCUGCUCCUUGCCUGGCCCCUCCUCCAUUUGCCUGGAAGCCCCUCCUACCUCCGCCCUCACGCAUCCCAGCACGAAUGGCUCUGAGAGGUUUCUUUUUUAUGUCCUUGAAUUUUUGUAUUUUUUUUUCAAUGCAUUUUUACUUGUGACACGUGAUUUGUGAUACAUAGCAUGGCUUUUCCUGUAUAUUAAACACAUAUAUUUUAAUUAACCAUUUAACGACCACUGACAAGUUCAACAUAACAGGAUAAAAAAGGAUUUUAUUCAAUUCUAGUUCUUAAGUGUUUAAUAAACCAAACCUGUAGCUCAAUGAUGGUGAACUAAUGGCAUUGAUGCGAUCACUGGCACUUGGAGGCCUCGGAGGUGGCACUCGGUGUCUGCCUACAAGAUAACCAUCAGUGAUGGAGGUAUAAAUGAAUGUUGUUCAUUAAGUACCUUAAGAUAACAUGAUAUCUUCAUCAUGGGGGAACCUGUCGCAAGUCGCCUUGAGAUUAGCACACACUGGUGGAAUAGAACCAGCUGGUAGACAAGAAGGCAGAGUCUACUGGGGAAGGAGAUAAAAGAGAAGAGAGUCCAAGUAGAGUCCAGCAAAGCUGAUAUGAAGUAGUGAGAUGAGGAAAAGUUUUAAUAGCAAGGAGAGAAUGUGGCGGACCGCCAGGCACCCCAACUGGGUGCCUCCACCAUUAGCUGCUUCCUAGUAAUCCUUGAGUACCAUAAGCACUGCACCGGACACCAUAACCACCAUAGUUAUGCGGUUACAGCUUGGUUGGGGUCUUGCUGUCCUCCACCCACCCUGGACCCAAGACCAGGGUCUAGCUUCCAGUGGGCAGACCUCUUCUGAACCAGAGAGUAGAGCAGGGUGCUCUUACAAGGGCAAGUGAUUAUAACCCAGGGGAAUAUAGUGAUAUAGCAAUCCCCAGAGCAGAUACAGCAGUUAAGGGUGAAGAGGAACUGUUUAAUGGAAGCCACAACUGGCCUUAUAUGCAAGUCCCCAUGCAAGGGGUUUUCCAUAGCAUAUUCCAGGGGCAUUCCCCACUGGACCUGAGAGGGGACUGUGACAAAGUACACACUGUAAUGACAUUGGCUCUCAGGUCCAGGACACUCCCACACAAAACAGGAUAAUCCCUCCCCUGUGCCUGAGGGAUAAUUGAGUCAGGAGCUGUACUAAACUCAAUUAUCUCCAGGCACAGACAACAUUCAUUUUAACAACCUCCCAAAAGUACCCCUAAAACACAUGGAAAACCCACAAAAGUAAAACAUCACAUAUCCAAAAAUCACCCAGAUCGGUUCAGGGGUUUGGGAUUUCCAUGGAGAUCCUAAUUUGACCGACCACACACGAGGCUCCGGCCCAAAAGAGAUUUACUGGUAGAACUGGUAUUGAGAUAGUGAAACAGACCUUGUAGAAAUUGGAAAAACUGUUGGAGAUUUGUUGGGGGCGAGGGGGGUUGUUAGUAUGGAACUGGGAGAUAGAGUUAGUGGGGGCAGCAAAUAAUUUUUUAAGAAGGUAAAACAAAGGAUGGUGUGAGUUUAAAUAGAGAAAGGAUGUUGAUAUGGAGAGGUGAGAUGACAUGGGUGGAGCUGGCAUGUAGACGAAAAGAGGACAAUGCCAAAUAAAAUGAGAGAGAGAGGAGGCCAAAAUGGGUCUAAUAAGUAAAUCAGCAGUCUAGGCCCCCACUCACGCAUUUAUCUAAGGGAAUGGAAGGCUUGGAAACCUAUUGAUCAUAAUGUUACAUAUUUUGCCAUUUUUAUGAUUAAACUCAUAUUAGAGAUAAGUCACUAUAAAUAUUUUUACAUAUGACGUCUAAAUCCCUUAAGUCUCCCCUGAAUAUAUCCUGAAUUGAGGCACUUGAUUCACCAGGAGAUCGGUAACACAUUCUCAGAUGGUCAUCAUUAAAAAUAUAGAGGAAUAGGUUAUAAAAAAAGAACUCAGUGAUCCUGGCAUGGGUUUUGACCCAGACCUUGUCUAUCAUUGGACUCUAAGCCUCACGUGAAUCCGACCCUCAGCCGACCCAAAUUUUAAAUCUCUAAAAACCUGACCUCAUGCCAAAACAUAAAGAGGCUCUGAAAUAGGGACUGACUCUCCUACAGAAGGGACACUUGGGAUGUAUGACAUGGCUGAGCAAUACAUAAUGACCCUAAAGGGUUACUUUAUUAUUCCAUUUUGUUAAAAUGAUGGCUAGAAGGGUCUGUGAGCCGCACUGUAUACUCAUCGCUUUAUAAUAAAAAAAAAAUGUUUUUUUUAAAAGUCAUCUGCCAGAGGGAAGCUACAGAUUAUUUAAAAACCAUCUGUGAUCCUUCUUAAAAAUUACAUAACGUCUAUUAUCCAUGCGGCACUGCACGGUUUGGAGAGCCUUCACUUCCUAUCUGUCAUAUGUAUGCAUUAUUUAAUGGCUUGGGGGCUAUGCUUUUUCUUUUCCCUAUAAAGAAAUAUUUUUUUUUAAACUUUUUUUCCCUUCAUCUAAAAAAAAAAAUAUUUUAAAGACAUUUUUAAAGGAGCUGUAUUGGAUGCGCAGUGAUAUAUUUCGAGCUAUGUAAAUAAAUAGAAGGAUCUCUGCUGAGAGCUCUAGAACUGAUCACAUUUAAAGAGAAUCUAUCAGCCGCAGAUCUGCCAGCAAAUAAAGUCAUUAUAUGUUCUGCACGCUCAAAAUGUGGCUCUGGAUCUGACAUAUGGACUUGGUACAUUUCCUGAGCAGAGAAACCCACAGUAACCAGCACAUGGGAUUGUGGGAGACCACGUUUGCCAGUACUGAUACAGCACACUUUGAUUAACUGAAACUGUCAUAUUUGUAUUUCAGACAAUUUACAUGACGGCAAUAAGGAAUAACUAUCAUUCUAUUCGAUCUAACGCAACAUACAAAGGAAACCUAUUUGUUUAUAAAUUAUAUUUGCAUAUAUAUUUCAGCCCGAAUACAUAUGAAUUAAAGAAAUGCUUCAGAAAUUUAGAAUUGGACCUGAUUAUCAAAUAGACAGCCCUCCCUUCUAGAUAUUUAAUCAGAUCUGGUUGAAAAUAAUUAUUGUAGGAUUGUCACAUUCUAAUUUUUCUAGGGAGAUCCCUUUGGAAAAUAAUUAAUUUAGGAUUGUCACGUUAUAAAGUCUCUAGAGAUCCCUUUGGAAAAAGUCAGUCUAUUAUCUUUAAACCCCUGGAUGGCAUGGGUGUGCCCAGCAUAUUGCCAGACAAUGCUUUCAGCACUGUACCAGAAUUCAACCAGUUAAAUAUAAAACCUAACAUUUAAAUACAUUAAAUCUCUCUGAUUUAAAUCUGAGCAUGGUAUUAGGGCUUUAAAAGUAUGUACAUCUGCUUGCACCAGUAAGAUGUGUUAGAAGCAUGGUCUUUGAUAUAUAAUAAUUCUAUUUAUAGUUAUCGGAUAUUGUGCCAAAUUAUUUUGUAGAUUAUGUGGAUGAGACAAACAAAUGCAUUUAACAAGGCAAGUUUAAAUUACAGGAAAAGAGGCAGUGAGGGCCCUGGUUAAGUGAGCUUACAAUCUAAAAUGGUAGCACCCUUUAAAUAAUAAUACAGGACUGUGACGAAGUGCCCUUUGCCACUUGGUCCUGGAGAGGCCUACUUGCCAGCCUCCUCCCCUGUGACUAUGACUCUUUCAUGAAUUUGGCUUUAAAGCCCCUAGUCUACCUUCAGACAGACUAUUUAUGUAGGCUGCUUUAUUUAUCUUAUGUUUUAGUCACCCUGUACCCAUUAUAGGUGCAGGGUCUGUGUAAUGUAAUUGUUUAUAGUGUGUGUGUGUGUGUACUGUGUAAUGUAUUGCCUGCUCUCUUGUAUUGCUGAGGUUUGCUACCAACUAGGUGGGUUUGGCUAUGGAGCUUGUCUAGUGCCCUCUGUUGGUAGCAACAGCAAUAUGCACUACUUGAAUUGCAAGACUGGUUCAUUUGCAUAUUCGGGUAGAUUUGCAUAUUGCUAAUUCUGCAGGCAGGUGAGUUAUUUACUGUUAAUUAUUGUCUCCCCCCACCCCUUUAAAAAUGUGCCAUUGUGUUGUGAUAAGUCACUGUGUGUUUCUUGAUAUGGUUUGACUGUUUGUGAUUUUAUUGAGGUUUCACAACAAUGUUAUUGUGGUGACUGUAUUGGCUGGUCCCAAGGGAAUAAAGGUUUUGACAGUUCUUCUUGAUCCCUCUAAACGUAGCCUUGUCUCAUUAUUGGAGGGAGCUGUUAUAAUCACACUGGGGAUUGCUAUGCUCUGCAUGCUCCCCUGAGUUUGAGUCACUUAGCUCUUUUAAGAGCUUGUUCCUGACACGCUCUCCUUGGAGGAGGGGUCUUCACCACACAGUCCUGGAUGCUGGAGGUUCGUACAGGGUGGAAGGAAGAGUUCUUUCCCACACAGUCCUGGAGGACAGGAAGCUUUCCCACACAGUCCUGGAGGACAGAAGCUGAUCCAGGGUGGAAGGAAGACGGCGAGACUCCAGUCAAGAUACGGCGGUUGCGGAGUCUGCGGUGGUUGCGGUGUCUGCUGCAGUGCUUGGAGUCCUCAGGAAGCGCUAGGAGCAUCCGUCAAUGGAGGGUACUCGGUCGGAGUACAAGGAGCUCCGUUACAUUGGUGGCAGCAGUGGGAUGGCGUCCUAGUGCGAGGAGAAGCAGCUCGGAGACACUGGUAUCGUAUGAGAGGUUAUUGAGGGCAACGCUAGCCACUGUGCAGCGUCCCUAACUACAGCAGCAUGGAGCAGGGAUGGAUAGAGCCCUGCGAAGAGCACCUCAACAUGAUACGUCGCUACGAGGACGACGCUUACAUUGAGGAGGUAAAGAGGCGGUUGGUCUGCUAUGGCCCAGACCUUUCGAACGAGGUGGUCCACCAAGUAAUGCGCCAGUUGAGUGCUGAGAACAGUGCGGCAAUGGCCUUUGAGCAACAACUGUGGAGGUUGAGGAUAUGGACACCUAGUCUCCAGCGGCAGUGCAAGUUACAGGGAGCCGAAGGUGUCGUCCUUCCUCCCCAGCGGCAGUGCAAGUUACAGGGAGCCGAAGGUGUCGUCCUUCCUCCCCAGCGGCAGUGCAAGUUACAGGGAGCCGAAGGUGUCGUCCUUCCUCCCCAGCGGCAGUGCAAGUUACGUCCUUCCUCCCAGCGGCAGUGCAAGUUACAGGGAGCCGAAGGUGUCGUCCUUCCUCCCCAGCGGCAGUGCAAUUCCAGGGAGCCGAAGGUGUCGUCCUUCCUCCCCAGCAGCAGUGUGUCCUACAGGGAGCAGAGACAGUUGGUCUCUCUCUCCAGCAGCAGGACAAUGUUAUGGGAGUGGAGACAGGCGGUCUCCCUCUCCAGCGGCAGCCUGUGUUUCAGGGAGAGGAGCACAGCACCCUAUCUCCCCAGCGGCAGCUUACCCUACCAAGGGGAGACACCAAUCUCCCAGAUGGCGCAGAGGGGACCGUAGUCUCUGCGCCUGACCUACAGGGAUGCUGGACAGCCUGUCCAGAUCCCCAACUACCCUCACAGGGACAACAGGAGGAGGGGGUAAGUACGAAUUCCCCUCCCCAGCUAACUCCUAACUUGGCCUCAGGGUUAACAGAGGAGAUGUUGACCCCCACGUUCCCCUGGCUACUGAGCCGGACUAUGUCCCAAGCCCCCCAGCGGAAGAGCUGACAGCUGGGCAGAGUGCAGUCGGCCUCUGCUCUCCCUUUGUCCCUUGUCCAGAGCCUGAUAUCCUGCAGGCUAUACCAGCAGAAGAGCUGGCAUCAGGGCAGACCGCUGCUGGCCUCUGCCCUACCGAUCCCCUUGUCACAGGACUGGCCUGCACCCCCCUCCUCCCAGCAGAAGCGCUGACAUCAGGGCAGAGCGCCGCUGGCCUCUGCCCCUCAAGUCCCCACAGCGUGUUGCCCCAUUACCCCAGAGGAAUACCCAGGUGCAGUCACUGUUUGCUGUGGGUGGGCUGCUCUAAUAACUGUUUGUUGUGGGUGGGCUACUCUGGCACUUGCUUAUGGUCGGUGGGUGACUCGACUAACUUAGGCACUGACCGACAGAAAGUCAGGUGCCUGGUUAGUCUUCCCCCCGAAGGGGAGAUAUGUGACGAAGUGCCCUUCACCACUUGGUCCUGGAGAGGCCUACUUGCCAGCCUCCUCCCCUGUGACUAUGACUCUUUCAUGUAUCUGGCUUUAAAGCCCCUAGUCUACCUUCAGACAGACUAUUUAUGUAGGCUGCUUUAUUUAUCUUAUGUUUUAGUCACCCUGUACCCAUUAUAGGUGCAGGGUGUGUGUAAUGUAAUUGUUUAUAGUGUGUGUGUGUGUGUACUGUGUAAUGUAUUGCCUGCUCUCUUGUAUUGCUGAGGUUUGCUACCAACUAGGUGGGUUUGGCUAUGGAGCUUGUCUAGUGCCCUCUGUUGGUAGCAACAGCAAUAUGCACUACUUGAAUUGCAAGACUGGUUCAUUUGCAUAUUCGGGUAGAUUUGCAUAUUGCUAAUUCUGCAGGCAGGUGAGUUAUUUACUGUUAAAUAUUGUCUCCCCCCACCCCUUUAAAAAUGUGCCAUUGUGUUGUGAUAAGUCACUGUGUGUUUCUUGAUAUGGUUUGACUGUUUGUGAUUUUAUUGAGGUUUCACAACAGUGUUAUUGUGGUGACUGUAUUGGCUGGUCCCAAGGGAAUAAAGGUUUUGACAGUUCUUCUUGAUCCCUCUAAAUGUAGCCUUGUCUCGUUAUUGGAGGGAGCUGUUAUAAUCAGACUGGGGAUUGCUAUGCUCUGCAUGCUCCCCUGAGCUUGAGUCACUUAGCUCUUUUAAGAGCUUGUUCCUGACACGCUCUCCUUGGAGGAGGGGUCUUCACCACACAGUCCUGGAUGCUGGAGGUUCGUACAGGGUGGAAGGAAGAGUUCUUUCCCACACAGUCCUGGAGGACGGAAGCUGAUCCAGGGUGGAAGGAAGACGGCGAGACUCCAGUCAAGAUACGGCGGUUGCGGAGUCUGCGGUGGUUGUGGUGUCUGCUGCACUGCUUGGAGUCCUCAGGAAGCACUAGGAGCAUCCGUCAACGGAGGGUACUCGGUCGGAGUACAAGGAGCUCCGUUACAAGGACAUUUAAAGAAUUUCUCCAGUUUGGCUAGAUUAUUAUCAACUUGGGAUGUUCUGAAACAGGUGUCACAUCGCUCUGAUUCUCAAUGAGUUAAAAGGACAUCCAUAAACUGGAAAGCAAUUAGUGUUUUUUUGAAUGCUUGCACCACCAAGUGGUACUUAUAGAUACAACAGAACCUGAUGGAAUUGGUUUUUCUGAAGCUGGUAAAUCCAGCUUCAUUUAGCCUUUUGUCUGCCAGAUCAGAGAGUAAAGAAUCAUUGGCAAUCAUUGCUUAUGCCUCGUAUUUCCAUGAAACAUAUGUAGAUAACAAGCUUACCUUAUAGAAAGCAUUUAUCUGUAUAAUGCAUUACCUAUAGAAUGUUUUAAAAGAGAAUGGUUAUGGGGGAGUGGAGCUUGACCUUCAUCAGGUCAAGAUGAAAUCUGCCAAAUCUCUAAAUAUCAAGGAUCAAUCUAUACAUCCAGCCAAGAUUGAGCUUGUACUCACCUCUGGACUUUUCACCUGAGUUAAUUCAUGCUGUUCUUUCUCACCCCCAAGACAAAAAGGCAGACAUGUAGGCCUGGUGCCUAUCAUCUUCUUCUGACCUCGGAGCUGGAAGAGCUGCUCGGCUUCUCAUUGUCAACUAGAGCACAAGAACCUGAUCUCUAGAUCCUGGACUGGUAGGGGGUACUUGAGGACUGGGUUGGGAACCACUGCUCUAGAGGAACAAUCACAUUACAUAAUGCAUAACGCAUAGUGACAUCAAUAUCACUUCCAAGCUUGUCAAAGAAGUUUACAAUCGAUUAUCAUUUUCUGUUCAUCCUCUCAAGACAAGAGACACAUCAUGUCAGCGUUGCAGGGCAAGACACUUUAUUCUUUUGAUGGCCCUAACCUCACUUUUUAUCGAGACCUAACAAGGUCUCUAAGUGGCGAAGUCCUCUCAACUUUGUAACACGACAGCUGUGGUAAGCUGGAGUGGAAUAUCGGUGGAGGGCACCAAGAUCCCUAGUGGUAACAUUUUUCUUUUAAUUAUCACCUGUAUCUCUUCUUAAGUGCUCCCGAUCAACGAUAUAUCUCACCAUCUGAGACGGGUUUAAGGUUAACGCACUGAGGUGCCUAGAUGGUAUUGGCUCAGUUCACCAUAAUUGGUGAAUCCUUCUCACAUCUCCCUCCUCUCAGCCACCUCCACUGCCCCCGCAUUCCUCUUGGUAAGUGUAUAAAAUGCAGAGAGCCUAUUCGUUACUUAUCAGAUUAUAUUUUAUCUUUUUGUAUCAUUGCUCUUAUUAAUUUCAGUGAUAUCCAGGCUACUUGCCUAAAUCGGUUUCUCACUCUUGACAAGAAUUUAAACAUUGGAUGCAUUUGUCAUAGCUGUAAUAUGCUGUGACUUAUUCAAUAUGCAUACUUGGCAAUGUUUUUCUUAAAAAAAAAAAAAAAAAUCAAUGGUUCGGUUUUGGCCUAUAAUUUAUCUCCUUUAUAUCAUGAGUAUAAAACAAUCCUCCGUCUUCUCACAACUCUAUAUCCUGACUGUUUCUACCUCAAAAAUGAAACAAGUUACAGAACAGUGAGAGCUAAUUAACACGGUGAUUGUGUAAUAAGGAAGUGAAGCCCAUGAUUCCAUCGAUUUGUACAUUCACACAAUAACAGGACACAUUUUAUGGUAACAAAAACAUGUAGGCAAGUUAUUCCUAAAAAUAUUUUAUUAUGUUAAAAUCAAAUCCACGAUAGGUCUGCUUAAAGAAUCAGGGAGACUGCAGUGCAUUUCCUAACUCUCUACGUUUCUUUGUAUUGACACAGGAAUGACUUACCUCAUGGAUGCCAGGUAUAUGUUGCGGAUCCAGUUAUUCCUACACUGGAGAGCAGCCGGAAAAAAUCCCUGGAACAAAACUCACAAAACGAAGAGGCUUCCACUGCCCUUUGAUAUAAAUACCAAUGAACUGCCUCAAAUCCGUCAUAUCCUUCAACUUUAGUAACUACCACAAUGGUGCCUUUAUUUUAAAAAAACGUGUAUGGUAUGAACUCAAUGUAUCACAAUGCACUGGCAGGAACUAUGUCAGCUGAAGUCAAUAUUGGUUGCUGUUUACAUUGACUUAAAAUCAUUCUGUCCGGUUUGAUCAUAUAGAAUUUAUUCAGAAAGUAGCUGAAUCGUGGAGAACUCUGCAGCUUCCCAUAGAUAACAAGAACGUGUGAAGAAUUAGAAAUUGUGACUGAGUGUUUGCGUGGAUUGAUUAGAAGGAAAUGAAGGGUAUGAUUCAGAUUAAAUUGAACAAUUAAUCUUGCAGUGCCUGAAAUGCAUAAUCAGAUUUGAGUGUUAAAGGGGGGUUGUCACUUCCAAGGAUUUGUUAAAUGAAGUUUACUUAUCUACUGCAUUUAGCACAUAUCUUUUUGCGAGGUGUACAAAAUUAAAUAAAAUGUAGAAAUUCACACUGCUCUACCCUGGGACCUCACGUGGCCAUCUUGGCUGUAUGUCAGUAAUAGUUAUAAGCUCUGCAUCUGUCAGUCAGUAUGAAGAGGAGGAAUGAAACAAUGUUUCUCUUUAUUGUCCCCCGAUGCAUUCUGUGCCCUGGCUGUGCCAGGACUCAGCAGGAUUGUGAUGUAAUUUGCUAAAAUUUAAAUAUAGAUUUAAAAGAAAGCAGAAUAUCACCUAAAAACAAAAUGAAUUGUGUAAAUUGUAGAGGAGAUGUGGUUCCCUUUUACGUGUACUGUGAGCUGCAGAGUUAUGGUAUCAGAUAGCUUUCCUAUUGAGAUUCCAAAAUGUUCGAUGGUGAUCGAGCGACAGAGGUGUUUCAGCAACCAAGUCUUCUUCAGUUCUAGUCAGGUUGUCAUCGUUCACCUAGAAAGCUCCACUGACAAAUGGAUCCGCAAAACUGUGGUAAAAAUACAAACAAGUUACUAUAGGGUUAGAUCAGGAGAGCCGGAGGCGUAUAGUCCUGGAAUCUUCAUAGUGUUCCAUCUCAGCACUUUUUCUGGAAAGGUCCAGCGUUGGAUCAGUUCAAAUUAAAUUAUUUACAACACGUGGCCAACACGGUUUGCUUUGUGUACUUUUAUGGUACUAAGCAAAGUCAAGGUGUAGUUGAUGUUAAGAUAAAUCUUUUUGUAAUGUAUUGUUUAUUAAGAUGAUAGCACAAUACAAAUGUUUAACCCCUUAAGGACACAAAUUCUGGAAUAAAAGGGAAUUAUGACGGAAUUUUCCGUCAUGUGUCCGUAAGGGGUUAAAUUUCCUGCACACAGCUCAGUAACAGUACAGAAUAAAUGUCAGAAGCCCAACUGGCACAAUAACAUCUCAUUUUUUUUAAAGUAAAAUAAAAAGAUACUAAAGAAGCUUACACAUUCGAAUACACAGCCACUGGAGCAGAAAAAAUAUCGACUUACUCAGUUAACAUAAUAUGUAAACUAUAGACUAUCAAUUAUGCCUAUACGAAGACACUGAGAGUUUCUGGUUCUGAAAAUAUAAGUCUGCUAGCCAGCCAAGUCCUAAUGCUUAAAAGGCAUCUCCAGGCCUGGACUCCUUUAAUCCAAAACGACUGAUGAGGGAAAAUAAAGGGGCCUCUCCCUCAGGGCCCAGUGGGAUCCAUAAGUCCCAUUGUUAGAUAACGGCAUGUAGCUUACGAAGGCUCCGGUUAGGCCAACAGACCUUCUCCAUCUGGCUUAUGGCACAGGUAAGUCAUGGUAGUAGGCUAUCUUUGCAGAGAUAAUAUCUGCAUGAGGGUGAGUAUAGGGUUGCUCCAUGGUGAACCGAAUUUACCCUGUAGUCCAAAAGGAGUGAGCAGGACUGUGAUGCAGGAACCCAAGUAUGCUGGUUUGCUGUUGAUCAAGGGAGUGGCUGCCUUUGUAAAAAGCCUAAAUUUCAGCACCAGGACAGCUUGCUGUAUAAUAUCCCAGCCUGGUAAUUCUAUUCUAGUGGUUUAAUGACUCGUAAUGAGCCAAAAGGACAAAACCAUUGCAGGAGCAAUAGUGCUAAGCCGUCUUCCAGUAUGGCCUAAGGCCCUGCCCCAGAGGUCCAUUUUUCACUAUUUCACUGAUUGGCCUCUCACAAAAAGGUCCUCAGAUGGAACAUUGGUCAGGACUGUUCUAACCAAUGGACUAGUUGACAAAUAGAUAUUAGGCACCUGUCCAGGGCCUUUAAGAGUCUUAACGUGGCUCUGAUUCUUGCACAAUGUAUUUACUGAUAGCUGUGACCAUGCAUGUAAAUUAAUUUGGGGUAAUUGUUCCGGUAUUUGGUUGCACAGAGUCCAGAUGUGAAAGCAUGUCAAAAAAGCACAAAGAACUGUCUAACCUUUAAUGUUUGGCUUCUGUAAUAAUAAUAAAUGGGG